AUGGUGUGUCUUGACAUUGUUUUAAAAUACUGUUUCAGUCGUGUGGUUCUACCUAUGACUGUAGAAGAGUAUCAAGUUGGUCAGUUGUGGUCAGUGGCGGAAGCAUCAAAAGCGGAAACUGGCGGGGGAGAAGGAGUAGAAGUCCUCAAAAAUGAGCCGUUUGAAGAUGUACCAUUGCUGAAUGGGAAAUUUUCCAAGGGUCAAUAUACCCACAAGAUAUAUCAUCUCCAAUCAAAGGUUCCUUCUAUUAUACGAAAGAUAGCUCCAAAAGGUUCACUCGCUAUUCAUGAAGAAGCAUGGAAUGCCUAUCCAUAUUGUAAAACUGUUCUUACUAACCCUGAUUACAUGAAGGAAAAUUUUUUCGUUAAAAUCGAGACGAUACAUCUUCCUGAUCGAGGUGCCACUCCAAAUGCUCACGGGCUUCCCCCAGAUGAGUUAGCCAGAAGAGAUGUGGUACAUAUAAACAUUGCAAAUGACAGCGAAUUCCUUCAUACUGGUGAUAUCCAACCUUCCACAACUCCAAGCACAUUCGUAAGCUCCAAAACAGGACGUGGACCUCUAAACGGAUCAUGGCGAGAAACAGUUGAACCUGUUAUGUGUGCUUACAAACUAGUUAGUGUCCACUUUAAAUGGUUUGGUCUCCAAAAGAUGGUUGAGAGCUACACUCACACACAAUAUCCUCGGCUAUUUUCGAAGUUUCAUCGUGAGGUAUUCUGUUGGAUCGACAACUGGCAUGGUUUAACUAUGGAUGAUAUACGAGCAAUAGAAGCGAAGGCUCAAAAGGAGCUAGAAGAGCAAAGAAAGAGCGGAACGGUGCGGGGGAUGACAGCUGGGUAA